AUGGAAGCUGCUAUACGCUUCUCACAGAACUCGGUGACUGGGAGCGACCAGCGCUUCCUUAUUGCAGAUGUCGCCAACAGGAAUUUCAAGCUUUGCAACAUUCGAAACGAGGCGCAUCGAUCUGGUCCGAUUGCUCUCGAGUACGACACGACCAAGUCGGCUUCCAAAGUCCCGCCCUUCCGCGCUUUCGACUGGCACCCUCAUCCAGACUUUGAGCACCUUGUUGCAGUAGGGCAGUCCAGUGGCGAGGUCGCCUUGCUGAAUUUGUCGGAGGGCAAAGGGCACGAAAGUCCUCCCAUUGUGUUUCCGGUCAAGCCUCAGCGCCCGUGCAACGCGGUGUCCAUUUCCUCGGAGCAUCUUCUCGCCGUUGGACUGGAGAGGCCUCGUAGCGACUUCUGCCUCCAUGUGUGGGAUUUUGCACAACGACUGCCACCAACACAAUCUGCAAGCGGCUCUUCAAACUCGUAUUUGGGGGCGAAGGGUUCAUAUGAACCACUGCACAAGUUUGCCAAUGGGGACACCGUUUACAGUAGCAAGUUCUUCCCGACCUCUCCGCAAUUGUUGUUGGCAGGCUUGAGAAGCCAGCAGCUCAAGCUAUAUGACCUGCGAGAGGGCAACAAUGUUUCCAAUACCGGGCUGCAGUUCAGUACCCGCUGCGUUAACAACUUAGCGAUUGACUGGCAGGAUGAGAACUUCUUCGCUUCGUGCUCGCCUAAAGGCAAAGAUGCCGGCAUAUGCCUUUGGGACAGACGCAUGACGAGUCGCAUGAAUCCAAUGCUGACUCCUCAUGCCAACCAACGACCGGAAUCGUCUCUGGAGCUGACAGACGUUGUUGGCCCAUCUGCUGAAAUUUGGAGUCUGAGGUUCUCAAAAUCGAAGCGCGGCUGUCUCGGAACGUUGUCUAGCGACGGAAAGUUGAGGAUGUACGAGUUCGGGAGGGAUAUGGCUGUCGAGGAGUACAAAGUCCUUCAGCAGAACGAAGAGCACUGGGAGAAAGAAUUGCCGCAGGGUACUUACCUGGAACGGGCUCAGGAUGUGGAAAAGGUAGCACUUCAAGCAUCUGGAUCAUCAGAGGGCUCAAAGGUGGUGUCUUUCGAUUUCAGAACGCGCCAAGACGCUAGCAGUGAAGAACAGCCGUUCAUUGUGCUAAUGUCAAACGGCAAUGUUGUCUCUGCAGUCACCACUGCCUCUCCUGUGCCGACAUUGUUGCACCCAAGUGGCUUCAUCAUGUAUGGCAAUAAGUUCAUGACUGGGCCCACAAGCAAGUCUGGUGGCCCGACAGAGCAAGAACUCACGGCGAAAAUGCGAGCACUCAAAACCACACCCUCAACGCACCUGAGUCAGUCACAAGUUCAGGUCGACAGCCGCAGCCGGAAGGACGGUACCCUCAAACGCGACAUAGAGUCUUCUCUCGAUGACGAGCCAUGGCAAGCAGACAUGGGCCUUGCUGAGACUGCUACAUCCGUACCCAAGUUCAUCUCCCAACACGACAUCGCAAAGGCACGAUGUGCUAAAGGGUAUGGCGUCGACCCGUCUGUCAACAAAGAUCUGGUCAGUCAGAGCGUUCGCUUGACGACCUUAUGGAAUUACGUGGAGAGGGCGAGUCAAUUCAACAAGUGGUCUGUCCGAAACACAGGCAAUCUUGACUUGUCGUACCUUGGCAUCUACAGCGUUUGGAUGGAAGACGUGCCUGCUCCAGAGCUCACUUUGCGCAACAUCGGCGGAUCAGUAAAGUAUGCGACAAACGUCCUACUGAGUAAAUCGAUCGAAGGACUCGUGAAGCAGCUGCAGUUGCCUAACUUCGAGCGGCUUGUCUACACCAACUACGUCUUCAACCGUCAACUUUGCCUUUACUUAUCCAAUGCCUCGUGGACCAUCGACCAGCUGAAGGAGUGGACUAAGGACUUAGUCGACAAGGGCCAGCAUUCGAAGGCCGCCUUUGUUGCACUUCUCAGCGGAGAGGAGAAGCUGGCGAGAGAUUGUCUACUUGACAAGAAAGCGAAUAAGGAUCAGCGUACGCUUGGCCUUGCAUUCUCAGGUGCAAUGAAGCGGCGGAGCAGUCGAAACCGCGACCAUGGCACCCUCUUCAUGAAAGAUCCGGACGACGAUGAUAAGUUGUGGCUCACCACUGUCGACCAUGCUUUGUCAACCAUCACCGAAGUCUAUGCCCGUGGGGUCCUCAUGUAUCUCAAAAAUCUGUCAUGGGAAGAAUUUCUCCGAGCACGACUGGCUAUUCCGCUUAGGUUGCGGCUGGCUGUAGCGAUUCGACAUCUCGACGACUCUGCCCUGACCAAGUACAUCUCGAAAAUGACCUCCACUGUGGCGGUGAAUGGUGACCUCGAAGGAGUCCAUUUGACCGGUCUAGCUACAACACAGGCAUUCGACCUCUUCCAGAGCUACAUCAUCAAGACCAAUGAUCUCCAGACGUCGGUGCUGGCUUUGUGCCGGACAAUCCCUCGAUACAUAACCGAUGCAGCAAUUCGACGCAGAUUCGAGUCAUGGAAGGCGCAAUAUAGAGCUGACAUUAUGUCCUGGGGUGGUGAGCUCUAUCUUGAGCGUGCAGAGUUCGACGUAAUGUCUGCCAAGCAUGCUAUCGACAAUGUCACUGGUAAAAGCCUGAUCAAGCCUCCGCCUCCGCAGGUCAGACUAGUUUGUUCGCAUUGCAAUGGCGAUCUCGCUCAUCACAGCGUCGGCCAAGAAGACAGCGGAACGAGCAAGAGUGGCAGCACAGUCACACACAACAGCAAGACCAAUCCUCUCACGCCAGCUGUAGCGGCUGCCAAAGGAACGGUGUGUCCACACUGUGCAGAGGAUUACCUCGAUGUGGUGUCUGUGACGAACCGCUAG